GUCAAGCUUUCAGAGGCUCGAAAGCAGAAGAACGAAGGACGGCGGGACCACCUGCAGCUGGUUUUUGACUUCAUCAUCAUUGGAAACAGCUGACGUCAGCGACGAUAUGCAGUUCACCCUGAACCCUUUCGCACUUGCCCACAAACUCGUGCAGAUGGGCGAUCCCAGGACCAGAGAUUACCCCCUGGUGGUGAACCCACUCUUCGUAUUCCCGCUGGUGAUCUUCUACUUGUACUUCGUAAAGGUCAUCGGUCCACGCUGGAUGAAGGACAAGCAGCCCUUCGACAUCAUCAACGUGGUGCGCGCGUACAAUCUCUUCAUGGUCGCAGUGAGCGCCGUAUUUCUUUACCUGCACCUCAAGCUCACGUACCUACCCGGCGGCCGCUACAGCCUGUGGUGUCAGGGCAUCACCGGAUACAUGGAUGACGAGCUCGCCCGCUACUACAAGUACGGCUGGUUCUUCGUCGCCGUGCGAUACGCCGAUCUCCUGGACACCGUAUUCUGCGUGUUACGCAAGAAGUUCAACCAGAUCACCUAUCUGCACGUCAUCCACCACACCAUGGUGACAGUCAACGUGUGGUACUACACGCUGUUCGCUCCCGAAGGACAGCCGGCGCUGGGCUUGGCCAUAAACGUGUUCAUCCACACAAUCAUGUACUUCUACUACUUCCUCGCGACGCUGGGCCCGCAGGUCCGGAAACACCUGUGGUGGAAGAAGUACCUGACCACGAUGCAAAUCGUACAGUUCGUCAUAGCCAUUGUACACAUCUCCAUACCUUUGUUCGUGGACUGUGGAUUUCCUAGGCCCAUCAUCAUCAUUGGCAAUCUUCAAACCUUCCUGUUGCUGUGCAUGUUUGUGAACUUCUACAUAAAGGCGUACGUGAAGAAGGGUAGUUCUUCGAAACCUGUGCCAGCGGAAUUGAAAGUCAAUGACAGUGGGUAUACAACUACUCAAAACAACAAAACAGACUAAUCUCCCUUCUUAUGUGACAAUCACCUUGUAAAUAAGGACAUCUAAUAAACACUAUAAUAACAUUCAAG